AGACAGACAACGCUAAUCCAAUAGCAAGAAUAAGACAGAUCAUCAAUAUGAUAACACAAAUUACUAAUAAUACCUUAACCCAUCCCAAGAUGAUCGAACUGACCAAAUCAAUGUUUAAAAGCAUACGCCUUAAUUUUUACUUGUUACCAAGUUAUUUUCAGUAGUGCAGGACCCAACUCAUGGAUAAAUCUUACGGUGGGGAAUCACACGCUUUCUGGUGAUUUUUCAAAUGAAUUAUCAUUCUGGAAAAGAUUGAUGAAUUAUAUAUGAACAUUAUAUCUAUUCGAUAUAUAUCGCAUAUUUAUUAGGCAUUACCACUUAUCCCGAACAUGGUGAAAAUAGGUGGAUAUUUUAUUGAUCCUUUAAAGCCAUUACCUGAAGAUCUACAAGAGUUCAUGGAUAACGCCAAGGAUGGAGUGGUUUACUUCAGUAUAAGCAAUAAUUUAAAGAGCAAUGAUCUACCCGAAACUUUGAAAAGUGGCAUUUUAAAUGUUUUAGGUAAAUUAAAGCGACCGGUGAUUUGGAAAUGUGAGGAGAAUAAAUCUUUAAAUAUUUUUAUGCAAAAGCUGUGCCCUCAGACUGAUAUUUUAAGUUGAGCAGCUAUUCCAGCCAUUGUUCCUUAAGCCUAGGUCACGAAGUCUAAUAACUAUUAAAUCUAAAAACAUACGUCAAGCCGGAUGAUUUCUUAAAGGAAACCUUUCCGCAUGCAAUGAGUAUGCUGUGGCUACUAAUUAUUGGUAUUGUUCAUAGGUGAACACAUAAUAUCCAUUAAUUAUUAUCAAUGAUGUUGGUCAAAGUUCUUUCAAUUUGUUUAUUAUUAGUUUACCAUGUGCACAGUUAUAAGAUUUUGGGGUUGUUUCCUAUGGGAAGCACCAGCCAUCAGAUUUUGGCAACUAAGUUGAUGGAAGGGUUGGCCGAGGCCGGUCACGAAGUAACGAUGGUCAGCCCUUAUCCAACAAAAAAUGUGCCAAAACAUUGGAAGUAUAGGGAUAUUGUGUUGGAUGGGGUUGGUGAAAAAUUUGAAGAAUAUUUGGAAAACAUGAACCUCUUUGAGAUGGAAAAAGCCAACGCAAUAGUCAUAAUGAGACAAAUGAGUAAUAUGAUGUCAGAAAUGAUAAAUAAUACCAUAAACCACCCCAAGAUGAUCAAACUGACCAAAUCCAACGAACAAUUCGAUGCACUAAUUAUCGAACAAUUCCACCAAGAUGGUUUAAAAGCAUACGCCUCAAUUUUUAAUUGUCACCAAAUCCUUUUAAGUAGUGUGGGACCCAACCCAUGGGUAAAUCCUACAGUGGGAAAUCCUCAGCCAGUGAGCUACGUACCUCACAUAUUUUCUGGUGAUUUUUCAAAGAAUUUAUCAUUUUGGAAUAGAUCAAAGAAUCUCGCAUUUUAUUUAUUGGAUUACUUUAUGAGGACGUUCUUUACAAAUCCCCAUCAAGACAAUUUUAUAAAGCAAAUAUGCUCUGAUUGCCCAUCCGUAAGCGAGCUGUAUACUAACGCCUCAUUAGUAUUACUUAAUUCACAUACGAGUAUUUAUCAAGCAGUACCACUUGUCCCGAACAUGGUAGAAAUAGGUGGAUACUUUAUUGAUUCUCCAAAGCCACUACCUAAAGAUUUACAAGAAUUCAUGGAUAACGCCAAAGACGGAGUGGUUUACUUCAGCAUGGGCAGUAAUUUAAAGAGCAAGGAUUUACCAGAAGCUACGAAAAGUGGCAUUUUAAAAGUUUUGGGUAAAUUGAAACAACGGGUUAUUUGGAAGUUUGAGGAGGAUCUGCCAAAUAAACCUGCAAAUGUUUUGAUAAAAAAGUGGUGCCCUCAGGCUGAUAUUUUAGCGCAUCCCAAAAUGAAAUUAUUUAUCACUCAUGGAGGUCUACUCAGCACCACAGAAACCAUCUAUCAUGGUGUCCCCAUUCUUGCCAUUCCAGUUUUUGGUGAUCAGCCUACUAAUGCAGCACGUGCAGAAGAAGGAGGUUACGCUCUGAAGUUCCACUACCAUGACUUUACUAUAGAAAAAUUUGAAAGCUACUUGAAUGAGUUACUAAACAACCCUAAAUACUCCCAAGAGGUUAAGAAACGAUCAAAAAUAUACCACGAUAGGACAAUGAAACCUCGAGAGGCGGCAGUGUAUUGGGUGGAGUAUGUUAUAAGGCAUAAUGGAGCUCCACAUUUAAGAGUAGCAGGGAGAAACCUGGUUUGGUAUAAGUACUUUAUGGUGGACGUAUUUGCUGCUCUGUUGGUGGUUUUUGGAAGUUUGGUAUAUGUGGCGAAACUUGUUGUAAAGAAAGCUUGCUGUCGAUCCAAGAAGAGUGAUAGAAAACAGAAAGUUUUGUAAAAAAAAUAACUUUUUUUCACUAAAAAAUAGUAAGCUUUAAAUAGUAAUAGACUUAGAAAAGUAACAUUUUCGAAGUCUAUUAGAUAACAUUCCUUACUUGUUAAUUUUAAAUUAGGAAAAGUAGUCAAUAAAAGUAAUUAAUAAUGUUAGAAAAUGUGUUGUGUAUGUAAUAUAUUAUAUACUGUG